AUGCCAUCACCAUCGCAUUUGAAACCGUCGGCCCCUUCAGCGUCCCUUCUUCGAUUCCUGCGGUCUCAGUCCGAGUUCUGCGCACCGAGCUUAUCAGCAUGCACUCACUCUGUUCGAAGGAGGCUACACACAUCGAGACAAGCCCCCUGCAAUGCUGCCCCAAGCGCCUCUCCGAACAAAAUAUAUUCUGAAACGGGACCAUGCCGCGCGACUGUUCAAGCUAGUAUUUUCACGAUCCCGUGUGUGUCGGCGAGAAGUCACAGCACGUCGCGAUCUCGUCUUUCGUUCGAUCAGCCUCAAAGCAUCCGCUCGCCUUCGAUCGUUCCCUUCGCAAAUACCCUUCACUCGCGAUCUGUUACUACCAAAAGCCGCCCUCUCCUACGCAGGCUUUUUGAGCUGAGACGUAGCAAACCGGCUACGGAUAGCAAGCUCAACCGCAGCGGCGGGCCCGCGCUGAUUGACGAUGGCACGGAAGGAGGAUUCAACAUCGGCCGAGGACUGGCCGCGAAAGCCACAAAUGAACCGCGACUGCGCUGCACGGAGUUUGACAACAACGGAAACGUGACCCUCGUGAACGGGGAGUUCAAGAAAAGCGAGCUGAUCGCAAAGGUUGGUGUCUCCACUAGGCUCGAGAUUGGGGUUGGAAAGGAGCUAAAAUCCAGGUUGCAGUACGGGCUUCUUCCGCGCGAUCUUCGCAAGAUUGAUUCUUCGACGCUGCCGCAUAUCCUUGUCCGGCCGAGCGCGAUCCUCAUUAACCUCCUGCACCUGCGUGUGCUUAUCAAGCAUGACCGGGUCCUCGUGUUCGAUGCCUAUGGCUCUACCGAUUCGUACAUGCAGUCAUUAUUUGUGUAUGAUCUGGAAGGAAAACUACGGCAGAAACAGACGCAGGGUGCUGGCGCAUUGCCUUAUGAGUUCCGUGCUUUGGAAGCAGUGCUGAUUAGCGUUACUGCUGGUCUGGAGGAGGAAUUCAAUGGCGUGAGGGAGCCGGUGGUACGCGUUCUCCGCGCUCUGGAAGAGGACAUCGAUCGGGAUAAGCUGCGCCAUCUCCUUAUCUAUUCCAAGAAACUGGGUACCUUUGAGCAGAAAGCUCGGUUGGUGCGAGACGCCAUCGACGAUCUUCUGGAGGCAGACGAUGACCUGACUGCAAUGUAUUUGACUGAGCGCGCGAAUGGUGUUGAACGGGAGGAGGACGACCAUCAGGAGGUUGAGAUGCUCUUGGAAUCCUACCACAAAGUCUGCGACGAGAUUGUCCAAGCCAGCGGGAACCUGGUGACCAGCAUUCGUAACACUGAGGAAGUUGUAAAAGCCAUCCUCGACGCGAACCGUAACUCUCUCAUGUUACUCGACCUCAAGUUCAGUAUCGGAACCCUCGGGCUCGCGACAGGUACCCUCUUCUCCGCUCUAUACGGCAUGAACUUGAAGAAUUUCAUCGAAGAAUCCGAUGCUGGAUUCGGCGCUGUCUCGGUGACCUGUUUCGCCAUCACCGCCGUCGUCUGCGUCUACGGACUAGCAAAGCUACGCAAACUCCAGCGCGUCCGCAUGUGGGGCGAAGCCGGUGCAGGCGGCACCCCCAUCAAUCCUAUCACGGCCAGAAAUGGCAUCCUCUCCAGCCAUCGGGCGAAUUGGCGGGCAGACUCUAUUGAGCCGGUCUGGGGCAGUCUCCCCGGCGAAGGUCGGACGGAAAGAAUGAAGCGCAUUCGCGACAGCGCCGCCGCGGCCGCGGCCAAGUCCCUCGCUGCUGAUGCGGCGGCCCAGAGGGCCUCGGCGCUGCGAGCAGCAAGUGCGCAAGCUAAAGCGUCGGCAUCGGCUAGCGCGUCCAGCGGCUCUGCGAAGGGUUCAGGUCAUUCUCCUACGCGCGAGACAGAUCCCACCGGCAGUGCUCUUUGA